GGGGAGCGCGCGGGGGCCAGAGGGGCGAAGGCGCGAGAGCGCGAGUGCGCGUGCGCGAGCGGCGGGGCUUUCUCCGGAGCCGUCGGAGGGAGCCGGAGCGCUUCUCCCGAGUUGGUGAUCCACUGGUUGCAGUGCAACAUGCAGAAGUGAGCGAGCAGCGAACAGCAGAGCCGAUGGGUCGUGAGGAUGUAAGCGUGUUUGAAGGCUUCCACACCCUCUCCUCCAGGACAGAAUCAUGAAUAAACUGGAGGAUAAGCAGGACCAGAUGAUACCAUGAAGAGAAGUUUACAGGCCCUCUAUUGCCAACUGUUAAAGAUUGUGCUCUGGGAAACAGUUCCCAGUGGAGUCAUGGACCUCAUCAGUCCAGCUGUUGAACCAGUGAUCUCCGGACAUUUCUGGAACCCACCAGGCUUCCUCCUGACCUUGGCACUGACAGAAGCACUGGUACUUGCUGUCCAGGAACCAUCUCCCAGGGACUCUCUCCAGGUCCUCCCCUCAGGCAGUCCCCCUGGCACCAUGGUGACAGCAUCCCACAGCUCUCCUAAACACUCCUCCGUGGUGACACUGAACCCCCAUCCUGAUGGACCCUCCUCACAGGCUGCAGCUAACACAGCAACGACGACAGCCCAUCCAGAUGGACACCCUCCUACAAACACCAUCUCCACUGUCAUGGUGGCAGCGACCAUCCCCCAUCCUGAAAGCCCCCUGCUCACAGGUUCCCCUCCAGUUACCAUGGCAACCACACCCUCCCAUUCAGACAGCCGCCCCCCUGGAGAGGCUGCCCCCACCAUCCUGCUGACAAAGCCAACAGGAGCCACCAGCCGGCCCACCGCAGCGCUCCCCCGGGCUGCCACCCGCAGACCCCCCAGACCCCCAGGCUCUUCCCGAAAGGGGGCUGGUGGUUCAUCCCGUCCCAUCCCACCUGCACCCGGCGGCUACUCUGGGAGGAAAGAAGGCCAGCGGGGACGCAAUCAGAGCUCCACGCAUCUGGGGCAGAAGCGACCCCUGGGGAAGAUAUUUCAGAUCUACAAGGGCAACUUCACAGGGUCUGUGGACCCAGAACCCUCUGCCCUUUCCCCCAGGACCCCGCUCUGGGGCUACUCCUCUUCACCACAGCCCCAGACAGUGGCUCUGACCACAGCACGCAGAAGUACCUCAUGGGCACCGCCCACCACCCCCGCGGUGCCUGCAGAGGACAAGUCAGGCCUUAGCAGAGCAGACCAGGGGCGUGUCCCCACCUUCACCAGCCCAGGAGGGGAGCCGGACGCCACAGCCGCCUCAGGUGCCCCUACCCGUCCACAACCUGCCCCAGUGCCUUCUCAACGCCCCCGUGGUGACGUGCAGGACAGCCCCAGCCUCAGUGACUCUUGGCUUACUGUCACCCCUGGCACCAACAGACCUCUGUCUGCCAGCUCUGGGGUUUCCACAGCUGCCCCAGGGUCCACCCAGGCUGCCUUUGAUGCCAGUGGCUCAGCCCCUUCCCAGGGGAUUCCUCAGGGAGCAUCCACAACCCCACAGGCCCCAGCCCAGCCCCCUGGGGCCUCAGAAAACACUGUUUCUCCAGCUAAGGAGGAGGCUGAGGCCUCCGCCACCAUGACUGACAGGGUGCCCAGUCCUCUUUCCACAGUGGUGUCCACAGCCACAGGAAACUUCCUCAACCGUCUGGUCCCCGCUGGGACCUGGAAGCCUGGAACAGCAGGGAACAUCUCCCACGUGGCCGAAGGAGACAAGCCCCAGCACAGAACCACCAUCUGCCUGAGCAAGAUGGACAUCGCCUGGGUGAUCCUGGCCAUCAGUGUACCCAUCUCCUCCUGCUCCGUCUUGCUGACGGUGUGCUGCAUGAGAAGGAAGAAGAAGACCACCAACCCGGAGAACAACCUGAGCUACUGGAACAACGCCAUCACCAUGGACUACUUUAACAGGCACGCCGUGGAGCUGCCAAGGGAGAUUCAGUCCCUCGAGACCUCGGAGGACCAGCUCUCAGAGCCCCGGUCCCCAGCCAACGGCGACUACCGAGACACCGGGAUGGUCCUGGUGAACCCCUUCUGUCAAGAAACACUGUUCGUGGGAAACGAUCAAGUGUCGGAGAUCUAGCUGCAGCAGCUUUUGCUCUGCCGUUCCCUAUUUUUCAUCUCUAAAUUAUAAAUAUACAAAUAUAUAUAUUAUAAAUAUAACCUUUGUGUAACCCUGACUUAAUGAGAAACAUUUUCAGCUUUUUUUCCUAAGAAUUGUCAACAUCUUUUUUAUAAGUGUGGUUUAAAAUCAGAAAAAAAAAAAAAAAAAAAAAACUUUACAGAAUGACCCGUGGCUUUAUAAAA